AUGCAGGAUGCCGGGCAGGAGCCUUGCUCUCGGCAGCCCCGAGCUGGAGGAAAAAAUGACUGGGAUCCUGUCUUUAUACAAAGAGGCAGAAGCAGAACAAAUAAUGCAACAGGCCAAGCAACUGAAUUAGGGGAAAGCAGCCAAGCCAGUAUUUGUGCUCUUCUACAUGAGCAAAGAAAGGAGAGGUUUUGUGGCUCGUGGAUACCUCAAUCAAGCAAAAAUGAACCAAGAAACCAAAGUGGACAGGCCAACAGCAGAGCCACAGGAUGCUGGAAUAAACAGCAGAAUGAGGGAUGGAGAAUGAGGCAGAAGGCCAGAGGGCCCUGGAAUGAGCAAGAAAAGGAGGGUGGGGAAAGGACGUAUCAAGGUAGACCAGCCCAGGAAGGAGCUAGAGGGCUGAGGAGUGGGCAGGAAAAUGAAGGUAGAGGAAGGAGAAUGCAACAUUGGGAGAAGCCUCGUUUCUACCAGAACCCUUCCCCAGGUGGUGCCCAGCUCAGUGAGCAGCCUCAGCAAGUCAGAAGGAUUGGCUAUAAAUUCCUAGAAAGUCUCCUCUUGAAAGACCCUUCAGAAAUUGCCAUCACGCUUGCUUGCAGUUCAGGUUUGAAGGAGCUUCUUUCCGAAACAGCUAUGAAAUCAAAUUUCGUUCAGCUUGUUUGCCAGGUGCUUCGAAAAGCUUGCAGUUCCCAAAUGGACAGACAUAGCAUCCAACAGUUUCUUGGAGUUGUGAAAGAGUCCAACUUCCUCAAAAUCUGCUUGCCCCAGUAUGUGUCUAACAUGACAACGGAAGCAGACCGUGCUGUGCGUCAGCAGUACUCUGUGCAUAUUAGCAACAUUGUUUCGCUUCUUCAGGACCUCGUCAGUAUUUACCCCGCCAGCUCUGUGCAGAAUAUCUCCAUCCUUUUGACAGUCUUGUCAGCAUCCAUCAACGUCCUGAAAGAUUCUGGUGUGGACAUCACAGAAGAAACAGAGAAUAAUCUAAAUAAAGUGAAGAUGCUCAUGCAGCAUCUGCAGAAGAAGAGAUGCGAGGGCACACUGGGGGCUGAUAACGAUCCUCUUAUGCAGCCUCAGACUGAUGGUCAAGAAGAAAGCUAUCGUACAAUGACCAUUUAUCCAACAUAUGAUGAGGUACACCACGGCAAGAAGCCCUUUCUGCGUCCCAAUAUUAUUUCUGGGAGGUAUGAGAGCACCAGCAUUUACCUUGACACCCAUUUCCGGCUCUUGAGAGAAGACUUCGUAAGGCCCUUAAGGGAAGGUAUCACGGAGCUUUUGCGGAGCUUUGAGGACAGAGGUUUGAGAAGAAAGAAAUUUGAUGACAUCAGGAUCUACUUUGACACACACGUUCUUACCCCUGUCUGCACCCCGACUGGUAUCUGUUACAAGGUCCAGUUUGACGUCAGACCUUUGAAGUUCGUGCGCUGGCAGAAUUCCAAACGGUUGCUGUAUGGAUCCCUGAUCUGCAUGUCUAAGGACCGCUUUGAAACCUGCCUGUUUGCCACCGUUUCGAACCGGGACAGCUCAGAACUUGCCCACGGGGUUGUGCAGCUGUAUUUCGAUGCUCAGAGCCAGGCGUUGCUGGCAGAGGUUCAGCCCUCGGACUCCUUCCUCAUGGUAGAGACAACUGCCUACUUUGAGGCCUAUCGACAUGUGUUAGAAGGGUUGCAGGAGGUCCAGGAAGAAGAUGUCCCAUUCCAGAAGUACAUUGUGGAAUGUGAUGUGCAGGUGAAGAAGCCAGCAUACCUGACAAUGGACUCUGUCUACGACUUCGCACCCUUGACUAGAGUUCCUCGUGCAGAUGAACAGAUGAACCCUGACGGGCAGGGAAGGCGAAGUUUCUGUGUUCUAGAUCCCAAGCAGUGGCCUUCAAUGGAAACCUUGAGAUUAGAUGAGUCUCAAUUGCAGGCAUUGAGACUUGCACUCACCAAGGAGCUGGCUAUUAUCCAAGGACCUCCUGGGACAGGGAAGACUUACGUGGGAUUGAAGAUUGUUCAGGCUCUCUUGGCUAAUAAGCACAACUGGCAGAGCAUUGGCCAGAGGUCUCCCAUCCUUAUAGUCUGCUACACUAACCAUGCACUGGAUCAGUUCCUAGAAGGAAUAUACAAGUUCCAAACUCAUGGGAUGGUUCGCAUUGGGGGCAGAAGCAGCAGUGAGGUCUUGAAGCAUUUCACCUUGAAGGAGCUGAGGAAGAGCAGUGGGCUCCGACAUAACUUGCCAGCACACCUCCGCAGAGCCUAUGGGAACAUCACCAGUGUGAUGAAGUGGGCUGAGGAGUUGUUCCAAGAGGGAGUGGAACACUUGGAGUCCACGAUGAGUGGAGUUGUGCAUGAGCGCCAGUUGCAGGCAUGCAUUAAACCCCAGCACUGGGACAGCCUGAUGAGAGCUCUGGAUGGUGAGAAGCUUCACAGUGUUCCACUGUACUCACGGCACUCGGUGAUUCUGGAAUGGCUGGGCCUUGGUACAACUGUCUUCAGCCAGAACGCUGUGGAGAAUAUGGAGACUGAGAAUUCAGGUGGUCAGCAGGAGAGAGAGGAGGAGUGGGAAGAUGAAGCAGAAGAGGAGCUUGUGGAGAUCCUAGAGGAAGCCGACCUGAUUCAAGCUGACAGAGUGAUUGAGGAUGAAGAGGUAGCAAAGCCUCGGGGAAGGAAGGAGGAGAAGUGCAGAGCUGUUCGUAAACUAUCCAAAGUGAUGUUUGCUCUGAAGCUGGAGGAUGAGGAAGAACAAACCCACCUACAAGAGGAGGCCAUGCAGUGGGAGGUCACUGCUGCCCAGAGGAAGAAAAUGAAACAGAGGAUGAAGGUUGAGCUCCGUAAACUGAGUGCCAUGACAGAGUUAGAGGCCAGGGCUAUUCAGGAUGUGUGGCAACUUGACCUGAGCUCCCGUUGGCGGCUUUACAGGCUUUGGCUGCAGACCUAUCAAGGAUACAUUCGACAGAGUAUUCAACAACAUGCCCAGCAGUAUCAGGCAGCAGCAGAAAGGCUGGCAGAGCUGAGGCUGCGGGAGGAUCUCUACAUUCUCAAGGAGGCCAGAGUUGUGGGGAUGACCACUACAGGUGCUGCCAAAUACCGUCAGAUCCUGCAGAAAGUUGAGCCCCGAAUUGUCAUUGUAGAAGAGGCAGCAGAGGUGCUUGAGGCUCAUACCAUUACCACUCUGAGUAAAGCUUGCCAGCACCUUAUCCUCAUUGGAGAUCAUCAGCAGCUGCAGCCUAGUGCAAAUGUGUAUGACCUGGCCAGAAACUUCAAUUUGGAAGUCUCCCUCUUUGAGCGGCUGGUGAAAGUCAAUUUCCCCUUUGUCUGUCUGAAAUACCAGCACCGCAUGCGCCCUGAAAUUGCUCAGCUUCUCUGUCCUCAUAUAUACUCGGAGCUGGAGAACCAUCCCUCUGUGCUGGAGUAUGAGAACAUAAAAGGGGUCUCAUCUAACCUCUUCUUUGUGGAGCAUGACUUUCUUGAGCAAGAGAUCCAAGAAGGGAAAAGCCACCAGAACCCACACGAGGCCCACUUUGUAGUGGAACUGUGCAGAUACUUCUUGUAUCAGGGUUAUCAACCUUCUCAGAUCACCAUUCUCACUACUUAUACUGGACAGCUCUUCUGUCUGCAGAAGCUGAUGCCAGCCAAGACCUUUGCAGGUGUGAAGGUUCAUGUAGUAGAUAAGUACCAGGGGGAGGAGAACGAUAUUAUUCUGCUGUCACUUGUGCGAAGCAACAAAGAAGAGAGACCUGGCUUCCUACAGAUCCCUAAUCGGAUAUGUGUAGCAUUAUCCAGAGCUAAGAAGGGGCUGUAUUGUAUUGGGAAUAUGAGAAUGCUGGGCAAGGUUCCUCUCUGGGGCAAGAUCAUUCAAACCCUUCGUGACAAUGGUCACAUUGGCCACUCAUUGGUGCUUUGCUGUCAAAACCAUCCUGAAACCAAGACUCUGGUAUCGACAGCAGAAGACUUCAGUCAAGUCCCAGAAGGAGGCUGCAGUCGCCCCUGUGAGUUCAGGCUGAGUUGUGGACAUGUUUGCACAAGGGUCUGUCACCCCUAUGACCUGCAGCACAAAGAGUAUCAGUGUCUGAAGCCUUGUCAAAAGGUGCUUUGUGCAGAUGGGCACCGCUGUCCCCGGUCGUGUUUUGAGAAGUGUAAGCCAUGUCAGGUGAUGGUAGAGAAAACUAUUUCCAAGUGUGGCCACCUGCAGAUGGUGCCCUGCUCUGUUCCAGAGAGUGAAUUUUCUUGCCCAGAACUUUGCCAGAAAAAGUUGGCUUGUGGGCACUCAUGCAACACAUUCUGUGGGCAAGAAUGCACCAAGCGCUGUCCUGAACUGGUUACAGCUGUGCUGAAAUGUGGCCAUGACCAGCAAGUUAAAUGCUGGAUUGCUGAAGAGAUAAAACAUGGAAAGGUUGUGGAGUGUAAGGCUAAGUGUACUGCCACCCUGCAGUGUGGCCAUGUGUGCUCAGGUUCCUGUCACACCUGCUUUGGAGGAAGAUUUCAUGAGCCGUGUAAGAGCCCAUGCAAGCGCUUCUUGGUCUGCUCCCACAAGUGCCAGCAGCCCUGUACUGCAGAAUGCCCUCCUUGCCAGCUGGAAUGUCAGAACCAGUGUGUCCACAGCAGGUGCAAGAAGAAGUGUGGGGAGAGCUGCUCCCCAUGUGCUGAGCCAUGUGCGUGGCAGUGUGAGCACUAUCAGUGUACCAGCCUGUGCUCUGAACCAUGUGAUAGGCCUCGCUGCAACAUUCCAUGUGCUGAGCUGCUCCGCUGUGGGCACCCUUGUGCUGGAUUGUGUGGAGAACCUUGCCCGAAAAAGUGCCUUGUCUGUGACCAUGAGGAACUCACCCAGAUCUUUUUUGGCUUUGAGGAAGAACCUGAUGCUCGAUUUGUACAGCUUGAAGACUGUGGCCAUGUCUUUGAGUCCCAAGGCCUUGACCGUUAUAUGGAUGAAGAUGAUGAUGUUAUCAAGCUGAAGGUGUGCCCUAUGUGUCAGACCCCUAUCAGAAAGAAUCUGAGAUAUGGCACCAUAGUGAAGAGGCGGCUGGAUGAGAUAGAGAAGGUGAAAGAGAAAAUCCAAGGUCCAGCCCAGGAAAUUGAGUCUAACAGACAAAGACUGCAGACUGCACUGGCAGGCAGUGAUGUUCUGCGGAGGAAUCUACUGCAGAAGUACUUCAUGCUGGAAAAUAAACUAAAUGCUUCUGCUCUCUCCACAAAGAGUCUUGGACUAAUUGAGAACCAGCUUAACUUCUACCAGCGUGUAGCAGACCUAACCACUUAUCUGAGCAAAAUCGAUGCAAGUGAGAGGCAAGGGUUGGGGAAGCGACUGGAUGAAGUCCAGCAGUGGCUGGGCAAGCCACGCCUCAGUUUUUCAGGACAGGAGCUCUCUGACCUGCAGGCUGAGAUCCAGAGACUGACCUACUUGCUGAGUCUGCUGGCAAGGUGUGAAGCUGCAAAGAGGAUGAUCACCCCAGCGCUGGCAGCAGAGAUCGCCAAUGUCCGUGAGAUCCUGGAAGGGUCAAAGAAGUUCACGGAGCAGGAUGAGGCUGCGGUGAAGGUUGCCCUGGAGAGGCUCUGGCGUGCCUUGCCUGCUUCGGGGCUGGGCAUCUCGGAAGCGGAGCGGGUGCAGAUUGUCAGCGCCAUCGGCUGCCCCCGUGGGCACUGGUUCAAGUGCAGAAACGGGCACAUCUACGUGAUCGGCGAGUGUGGGGGGGCCAUGGAAAGGAGCCGGUGCCCCGAAUGCCACGAAGUCAUCGGGGGCGCAAACCACGCCCUGGACAGCACCAACAGUCUCGCUUCUGAGAUGGACGGAGCCACCCACGCAGCCUGGUCCGAGACCGCCAACAACCUGCUCAACUUCGAGGACCUGCAGCGGCUGCUGUAGCCCCGGGGCUGCCCCGCUUCUCGCCGC